ACUUUCGUUUACUCCGUCACAACAUAUGGAGUAUUGGACGCCAUUCGCAGACAACGUUACGGAUAUAUAGCUGACGUGAGGCGCGCGGAGUUGUACUGCGAGUGCGCUGACUAUCUGUGGUGUGAGUUGUGGUCAGCGAUGAACAGACAGUCAAACUUCGGUUUCGGUGGCCGUCAGUCGGGUAUACGUCCGCCGCAGGGAUACGGAGGUCAGCAGUCGGGCGGAGGCGGAGGGGGUGGCGGUCAGAGUCGGCCCAAAACGCAGUCCACGUCCAGCAUGUCGUCCAUUCCGUCGACCGCUUCCUCGCGAAAGACACUGCAAAACAACAAUUUUUUCAAUUUCCCCGGAAGUGGCGGCUCUUCGCGGCUGAGCAGUAACGCCAAGUCGGGCGCCGCCGGCGGCCGGCAGUCAGUGUUUGGCAAUUUCAGGCCAAACAACCCCUUCUCGAGCGCCAGAAAGAGUGUCACCUCAAAGAUUGGUCCGCUCUUUGGUCUGACGCCACAACACAAUCGCGCCUCAUAUCAGCCGCAGAGCUGUUCCUCCGCCCAGUCGUCCCGCCGUUCGAGUAUUGGCGGCAGUCGUGGACACGUGAAGGACAGCCGACCGCUCAGUGAGAUGUCAUACCAUCGCCAGUGUGUGGCAAAAGUGGUGGCGUUUCUGACCGAAAAUCAAUACCCGAGUCCUAUCUCGAAGACCUUCGGCAGCCGUCCGACAGUGAAAGAGAUCGCAAAUGUCUUUGAAUUCCUAUUCAACUGCUAUGGCAUCCGAGGAAAGAUCGUUCCGAUGGACGUCGAGAUACCGAAGAUAAUGGCUUCACUCGAGUAUCCGUUUCCCGUGAAGAAGUCGGAUCUCGUGUCCUUCACGAGCGGUCGAGCGCUGGGAAGUGUCUUAGGAAUGCUUGAAUGGCUCGUCGACUCACUCUCUUAUACGCUUCUCAUGGAUCCGAUUCGGUCUUUCUUUCCCAACUUCGAGGGAGAGAUCGAUGUGAGGACUGAAUUGAUUCGGCUUUGUCUCAGAGCUAAUGACGAGGGCUUCGAAGGCGACCAAUUGGACGCAUGUCUUCACGAUCUCGUUGUCAAGACUUAUGGCACCGAAGAUGACUUCGAACAGAUGAUGGACGAGUCGGAAGCGCUCGAACAGGAAGUGCAGCGAUUGGAUGAAGAGAUCCAACAGAUCCGUGAAUUGCCGCAAACCAUACAGACAUAUGACGCGGACAUCAAGUCUUAUGACAAUUACAUGACUGAAAUGACAGCCCAUCGCAACCAAAACCAGACAAUUAAUUGGAUGAAGAGAUCCAACAGAUCCGUGAAUUGCCGCAAACCAUACAGACAUAUGACGCGGACAUCAACCCAUCGCAACCAAAACCAGACAAUUUUGGAGAGUCUGGAGAAGGACUGCAAUGAGAAGAUGGCGUCCAUUAAGAAGUUAGAAGAACAGCGAAAGUGUCUGAAGAGUAGAGUCGAGGAACAGGAGUUCGGUAUAGAAGAGGCAGUUCUGGCCAAAGAACGCAAACAACAGUUGGAGGACGAGAUUAAGCAGGAGUUCGGUAUCAUUGAUGACAUCCGAAAGGGGAUCCGUUCGACACGUCUCGAGUGCUCCAAAUACGAAGACGUGAUAAAGAAGAUGCACUCAGACCUCGACUCCUUCAUCGCCGCGAUGGCAGAUCUCGUCGACUCACCCGUAAUGGCCAGCUAUAGCUCGACUCUUCGACAUCUGAUCCAAAGUCCCGAAUGGAUGGAGAUUUUGACGGCUCUGAAGAAUAUAAAGACCGGCGAAACGACUGGCGCUUCGGUCUCUGAAUUGGAGAAACUUUUCUCUCAUAAAGUCCAUGAACUGAAGAUAGCGAUUGUCCAGCAGUUGAGUUCACUUCAGGGAUCAGUCUCUCUGACAGAACAGCAGAAACUAAAUGAAUUCAAUUUAGUUAUCAAUGAAAAAGAGAAACAAUUGAAACAAAAUGAGAAAAUCGUCGCUCAAUUGAUGUCUGAUAUGGAAAACCAACGAAAAGAUCAGGUCUCACAAGUGGCCGCUCUUCAGAGUGAAUGCGACCGAACGCGACAACUCAUCAACGAAUUCGACGGCAAUACUAAGCGCUCGCAUAAAGACGUCAAACAAAAUCUAUUGGAUUUACAAAAACAAGUUGAAGAAAAGCAGAGAUUAUAUGGAAACGAAUUGUCAGAAAUGAGCGACAAAUUUGAAAAUAGCGUUAAUAUCGACAGAAAAGGCAUCAAUGAAUUGACGGCCAAUUUGGACGCAUUUAUCAUCGAAGAGAAAACUAAGACUAAAGAAUUGAAGAAAGCGUUGGGAAAAAGCGGUUCCGAUAGAGACCGCAAAGCGAAGGAAAAACGCGACAAAAAAGACAAAACCGAUCGCAAGAAUAAGGAGAACAAGUAGUAGUCGUUUGCAUUCAUAAGUAUCGCAACAAUUAUUCCGACGACUAAACAAUUCAUUCAAUUUAUAUUUAAUUGUUUU